AUAACUAAUAAUUCAUUUUCUAGACUGGUGUGAUUCUAUAUAUAUUACCUUUUAUUUUAACAUGAUUUGAUGACACAAUAUACUUGAGAUUUUAAUUCAAGUAUUAGACUUUAUAUACAUAUAAUGACAAGAAGAUAAAAAUCACAUACUCUUUUUGAAAGUAAGAGAAGCUCACCACAAGGUUGUUUAAGACAGAAAAACCAUGAAAUCACAAUCAAUUCUCAUAUGCAUGUUCAUGCUCUCGCUCUUUGCUUUACAUCAAUGCGCGAGCAUGGAUGUUGGAGAAAUAGAGAAAUCAAACAGAAUCAUAUUAGGAAUGUGUGUGCAUCGCGCAUGUCACAGUUGGUUUAAAAGAGAUUGUUUUUGUUGUAUGAGAAAUAUCAAAAAUUGCUGGAAAGAGAAAGCUCAAUGUGAAUCCAAUUGUCUUCCUUUUUCAAAAUAAUUGAAAUCUCAUGUAUUAGAAGUUGUUGCUCACGCCUGGAGUCUGGAG